GUGGAGGCGGAGCUUGGCGGGGGACGCCGGAGGCGGCCCCUGACCUUCUGACGAAGCUUCCCCAUGGCUGACUGGGGUCGGCCGCGCUCAGCUGGCCAGAAGGCCCGGGGUCCCCGCGCCUCCCGGAAAGCUGCAGGUACUAAAGAGACAAGUGUCUUGAAACAAGAAGAUGCGUUUAAAAGGAAAACAGAACUAGAAGCAGCUGUGAAAAAGAAGAUUGAGUUUGAGAGAAGAGCUCUACAUAUUGUUGAACAACUUUUAGAAGAGAAUAUUACAGACGAAUUCCUAAUGGAAUGUGGGAAGUUCAUCACACCUGCUCACUACAGUGAUGUCGUGGAUGAGCGUUCUAUUAUCAAACUCUGUGGUUAUCCUUUGUGUCAAAAGAAGCUGGGAAUUGUACCAAAACAGAAGUAUAAAAUUUCUACCAAAACCAAUAAAGUCUAUGAUAUUACUGAAAGAAAGUCUUUUUGCAGCGAUUUUUGUUAUAAAGCAUCCAAGUUUUUUGAAGCACAAAUUCCCAAAACUCCAGUAUGGGUUCGAGAAGAAGAGAGGCAUCCCGAUUUUCAGCUGCUGAAGGAAGGACAAAGUGGCCAUUCAGGAGAGGAAGUACAGUUAUGCAGUAAAGCCAUUAAAACAUCAGAUAUUGAUAAUCCUGGUCAUUUUGAAGAGCAAUAUGAAUCUAGUUCUUCUAGCACUUGUAGUGAUUAUACCGGUGAUAAUGAGCAAGACUUUGUUUCCUCCAUUCUACCAGGAAACAAACCAAAUGCAAUGGGUACAAGGCCACAGUUACACCAAAAAAGCAAAAUGAAAAAGCAAGUUGGUGAAGAAGCUAACUCCAAACACAGAGACAAAGAACAGACAGUAGUAGAUGUCACUGAGCAGUUAGGCAGUUGCAUAUUGGAUUGUCAGGAGAAAGCUGCUGAUUGUGAACUUCCUUUACAGAAAGUAAAUACUCAGAUUUCUUCAUGUAGUCCUUUGCAUGAAAGAUUAAAAGCUUCAGGAAAUUUUGAAAAUAAAUACAUGUCAGAAAUAACUUUUGUUGGCAUAAGUAAGAAAAGUGCUGAGCAUUUUAAGACCAAAUUUGCCAAAUCAAACCAAAUUUCUAAGUCAGCCUCUAGUUCCAUGCAGAUGUGUCCUGAAGUUGCAAAGACAAACUUACUUAAAAUUCUAAAACAGACUUUGAUUGAAUGGAAGACAGAAGAAACUUUGAAGUUUUUGUAUGGCCAGAAUUAUGCUUCUGUGUGUCUGAAACCCUCUCCAGCCUCUCUGGUUAAUGAAGAACUUGAUGAAGAUGACAUAAACUCUCACCCAGAUAGCCAUUCCCCUGUUUUGGUGGAAUCUCAGAAUAGCCUGGAUGAAUCUUUACCUUUCAGGGGCUCAAAUGCAGCCAUUAAACCACUGCCAAGUUAUGAGAACUUGAAAAAAGAAACUGAAACAUUAAAUCUAAGGAUCAGGGAAUUUUAUAGAGGACGAUAUGUUUUGAAUGAAGAAACCACCAAAUCACAAGACUUGGAAGAGCAUGAUCCCACCUUUCCACUGAUAGAUUCAAGUUCCCAGAACCAGAUUAGAAAACGCAUCGUUCUUGAAAAAUUGAGCAAAGUAUUGCCUGGACUUUUGGGUCCUCUUCAGAUUACAUUAGGAGAUAUUUAUACUCAACUCAAAAAUCUUAUCCGAACUUUCAGAUUAACAAAUAGAAAUAUAAUACACAAACCUGUGGAAUGGACUUUAAUUGCUGUGGUGUUGCUGUCAUCGACCUCACACAUGCUAUUCUACCACUGAUCUACACCAUAUGCUAUUCUACCACUAAUCUACACCCCCAGCAACAGUUUACUUUUUAGAGAAGGUAACGUCAUUGGGAAAAGAAAAAGCAGGCAUAAGGGCCAGCAUUGGAUAAAAGCCUGAUGGUGAAAAAUAUGGAGACUUUAAACACCUAAAGAGACAUACAAACACAUUUGUGCAGGAUUAACCCUUUUUAUCCUUACUUAUUGCCACUAAGACUGAAUAUAGCAUACAAAAGAAUAUCUCUUUAAAAAAAAAAAAGUAUGAUUCAGAAAACCUUCAUAUCUACUUGCAAAUUUCCAAUGGAAUCCUUUUGAUCAUAACUUGUAGGCAUUUUUUAAAUUCAUAUUUAAAAACCAAGUGUCUGGGGGCGGGGGUGCACACCUGUAAUCCCAGCAGCUUGGGAGGCUGAGGCAGGAGGAUCACAAGUACAAAGCUAGACUCAGCAAAAGCGAGGUACUAAGCAACUCAGUGAGACCUUGUCUCUAAAUACAUACAACAUAGGGCUGGGGGUGUGGCUCAGUGCUCCUGAGUUCAAUCCCCAGUACCCCCCACCAAAAAAAAAAAAAAAUUCUUGUAAGUCUUUGUACCUAAGAAAAAAAUUGAAUGGUAGUUGUGAAUCACUGAAGAAGAAUACAUAAUUACUUUACAUAAAAAGUACUACUAUAAUAAUGGUAUUAUUCUUUAUAUAUGCAUAUUGCAGAUUUUGAUUACUAACAUGUUUAAUGCAUGAAAGCUGUUUUCAAAAUUUAUAUAAUCCACUUAGAAAAGGAUACAUAUACACACACUAUGUAAUUGGUAUGUUGCUUUGGUAGUUCCAAUCUAACUCUUGUUAGUGGAAGGCCAAGGGAUCAACAUUCUGACUAAAAUAUGAGCGUCCAAAGCAACAGAAAAAGCUGGGGCCUGAAUUUUCUUCAGAGUAAAUAACCUAUUUCUGUAGCACAUCAUCUUUUCCUGGUGACUUCCACUAUGCUUUCACAGAUGUAUUAACAUUAAACCCAUUAUGCCCCAAUGUCCCAUAUAUAGUAUACCUAUAAACACUUUAAUUGAGCAACAACAACUUUGUUAUUCCUCUAUAUGGGACACUGGGGAUAACAUCAACUUUGUUAUUCCUCUAUAUGGGACACUGGGAUAUAACGAACUUUUAAAAAAUUUGGGCCACAUCAAAUAAUUUAUCAGAAUAAAUUACAAUUAUGGGACUAAAAUUGUGGGAAUUUUAUACCAUUAUAAUCUCAGAAAUUUGAUCAAAUAGAGUAUGUACAAUUGAUCAUUAAAUGCUCAGUGAAGGGCUGGGGAUGUGGCUCAAGCGGUAGCGUGCUCGCCUGGCAUGCGCGGGGCGCUGGGUUCGAUCCUCAGCACCACAUAAAAAAUAAAAUAAAGAUGUUGUGUCCACCAAAAACUAAAAAAUAAAUUUAAAAAAUGCUCAGUGAAAUGCAUUUACGUAUGAAAAUACAUAAUUAUUCAUUCCCAUUUUAUUUAGAUUUCUUAAUAAUUAUAUGGGAUAUGAAUGGCUAUUGUGAUUGCAACAUUUAUUGAUAUUUAUACUAUAUAUUCCCUAGCUUUAUACUAUAUAUUCCCUAACUAGUAGCCAGGAAUACAUAGACCAUUUAAACAGAGUUUAAGCAGUAUACAUUUAUUUUACAAUGAAGGGAUUACUUUCCUUUUGGUUCCCUCAUUCUUAUUCAGUGAAUGUUACAAUUAAGGAUUUUCAAGAAUUCAUUAUACAUAAUAGAAUAUCUGUAAUAGUGAAAAUUGAUUGACCCUGUUUUUAUUAAGAACCAAUUAAUUUUGUUGAAUUAAACUUUAUCAUACUUUACUCUUAUAUCAGGUUUUAUUCCUGGAAAAGGCCAAUAUGUUGAAAUAAUACAAACUUGAAUCAGUUUUUCCAAGUAAAUAUGCCUUAAUAAGAUACUAGGCUCUUUUCACAGUCUUGGAUGUAUGCCUUUUAAUUAAAAUGUGUAUAUAUGUGUGUGUCUGUAUCAUUUUCUAUAAAUACUUAAGUAACUGUAUACUAUGUACAACCUGUUAAUGUAUAUUUUGAAGUGUUUGUGUACCAAAUUAGAAAAUGCAAUAACAAAUUACACUAAAAUGCAUUUUAUGAUGUGGUGUUAUACUGUGUCAUAUAUUCUUUUUCAUAUUUCUCAUAAUUACCAUUUUACCCACAAUAUCGGAAAGAAGCACUUUUCGUUGUGGUCACAGUAUUCAGAAUAGUUUCUUUGAGAUUUUGACAGGCUAUUUUGAGAAGACUUUAUAGCUACAGGAUACCUCCCCUCAGUUCUUCCCCCAUCUCUCCUUUCCUUCUUCCCUUUGCUUUUAUUCUUCCUCAAUGUUCUUUGACCUCUGUCAUUAUUCUUGAGCCUUUAACAGAAGAGGAGAUUGCCAGUGCUGAAAAAUCUAGGGAAAGGUCCAGACCAAAACCAAAGAGAAGCCAUCAAGAAGCAGAUUGACUUGCCUGAGUUCCUCUAUGUGUAGCUCGAGUGCCAGAAAUGAGAAUCAAGUUUCUUCAAGAGGACUUGUAAUUAAAAUGUAACUUUUUUCACCUAAAUUUAAUAUGGAACCUUUAUAAAUAGACUACUACUUUUGAUUCUGGCAUGGGUGGCCGUGGAGAGAGAGAUGUGUUGCAUUCUAUGGGAAUUACUUAAAUUAUCUGAUGAAAGACAUGAAUACUUAUUUUGUAUUACUUAGAAAAGAUGGAGGGAAAGUGACUUGUAGUAGUCUAAUAUUGAUACAUCUAUUCCUACUUUUAUGCCCUUGAUUCUCUCUAAUGGAAAGCUUUCAAGACUAUCUCCAAAAAUGUCCGCUUUCAUUUUAUUUAUCUGAACUGGCUGUUUCCAGUGAACUGUGGCCUGCUUCCUAGGCAGAGACCGUGCAAUAGUUUAUUCCCUCUAAAAGCUUUGUGUAUUCCUGUCGUUCAGGGAGUAGCAUGUAAGUCCUGGGAAAUGGUAUUUAAACAAACUCAACUUGACCAUGAUCACUAAACAAAAGCCAUCACUGGACACGGACAGCCACUUUCGGUAACCAUCAUACAGAUAGAUACUCUGGAGAGUCCCUUCCCUAGGGCUACCAGGCAUGAAUGGAAAGAUGUGACUAAGGCUUUUUACUUCAGCAUGCUAUUUUUUUAAAGGCUGCCCAUCACUAAUUUCCUCAUAAAAAUUUGUGAACAUACCAUGAAAAAACAAAGAGGUGGUUCCUUAGAAAUUUAUUGGUUCUUAGGAGUCUUCGUAAGUCUUUCUUUUAAUAUUCUAAAUUUAAUUUGGGGUAUUUGAGACCAUACUAAAAGAUAAUUAAAAUUAUGUUUUAUAGUAUCUUAUAUUUAUGGAAUCUCAUAAUUGAAUUUUAUUAAAACAAAAUUUACCAUUUUAUUGUAUAUGGUUCAACUGGUUUUUAGUAAAUUCAUUGUAUUGUGCAUUCAGUGCUAUCUAAUAACAAAACAUUUUCUAUCAUUCCAAAAGGAAUCUUUGUAUUAGAUGAGUUCCAGUUUCCCUUUCUCCCAUUCUCUGACAACUUACCACUCACUCUCUAUCUCUGUGGACUUUCCUAUUCUGAACAUUUUAUAUAAAUGGAAUUCUAUAAUCCAUGCUCUUUUGUGCCUGGCUUCUUUCACUUAACACAUUUCCAAGGUUUUUGUUCAUAGUAUAGCAAAUAAUAGUACUUCAUCUCUUUUUAUGACUAGAUAAUAUUCCAUUGUAUGGAUAUACCACAUUGGUUUACCCACUCAUCAAUGAUGGUCAUUCCGGUUAUUUCCACUUUGGGGCAGUUAUGGAUAAUGGUGCUAAAAUAUUCGUGUUCAGAUUUUUUUCUGUGAACAUAUUUUCAGAUCAUAUAGGGUAUUUAUCUUGGUGUGGAAUUGUUGGAUCAUAUGAUAACUCUGUAUUUAGUCACACACACACACAAACCAACCUCCAAACCCCAGUGGCGCUUUACCAAUGAACUAUAUCCCUUGCCAUUUUUUUUUUUUUUUUAAGACACCAUCUCACUAAGUUACCCAGGCUGGCCUUGAAUUUGAGAUCCUUCUGCUUCAGUCUCCCUAGUCACUGGGGUUACAGACAUGUGCCACAUGCCCAAUUUAUAUUUAACAUUUGGAGGAACUACCAAACUGUUUUCUUCAGCAUUCUAUAUUUCCACAAGCAGUGUAUUAGGACUCCAGAGAUUGAACUGUAAAAGUCAUCUCAUCUUACACUCACUAGUGAUUUUAGGGUUUUAUAUAUACACUUUUCCCCAAACUUAAAUAUUUCUCUUCUAAUUGAUUUUAGACCUUCAUCAAUUUCUUAUGUUCUAAAAGUUUCUGUAACACAUGUAAAAUGAGUACCUUUAAGCCAAAAAAAGAAAAAAGUCAUAGUGUUAAAGUUAUUUAUCUAUUUUAGUACUGAGAAUUGAACCCAGGAGUGCUUAACCACAGAGCCACAUCCCCAACCCUUUUUAUUUUUUAUUUUGAGACAGGGUCUUACUAAGUUGCUUAGAGCCUUGCUAAGUUGCUGAGGCAGCCUGCCUAGUUGCUGAGAUUACAGGUAUGUGCCACCAUGCCCCAGCUCAUAGUUUUGAAUUUAAGACUACAUAAAUAAUAUCUCAGCAGUACCUAGUGGUAUUUCCUUUGGAUUCCUCAGUAUCCAAAAAAUGCCUUUUUUGUUUGUUUGCUUAUAUAUUUCUAUAUCGUUCCUGAACUAAUUACUGAGUUUAUAUAAGAAAAAACUUUUUUUUUAACUGAAAUAUCUUUACCGUCAACCAGCAGCACUUUGUAGAUAGGACUCAGAUGCUUUCUAAAGAAAUAAUAGUUUUAAUUUUUUAUCAAAGCCUACCUUCUACAGUGAUUUUUUUCCCCCUGUUAUCCCUGGAAAAUGUAUAAUGUUCAUUUUAUUUUAAUUCAUAAAUAGUUGAGAGUCCCCUCAAGCCUUAAUCCAUAUUAAAAGUCACCAGUGUUCAAGAGCUGGGGUUCCAUCCUCUGCACUAGUGAAAAGAUGUGCUCUCCAUUUUGUCCAUCCCAAGCAGCUGCAGCAGUGGUAAUAAGAGCAGCCAACAGCAGUUAGCCCUCACCAAUGAUUACCUCAAUUUCAGGGGCCAGUCCUUAUAUCUACCAGUGCCAUCUUUACAUAUGACUGAGCUCACCAGGAGCUAGGAAGCAUGAGAUUUACAGUUACUGUUGACGGCGCUGUAAGAAUGUUACAGUCAUUGUGUGUGGACCUCCCCAGUUCACUCUGCUGAAAUUUUACAGCAUUUGGGAUUGGGAGGGACUAGAUCCACUAUUCUAAGAGAACUGCCACAUAGCAACAAUUAUGAAAAGUUUUUUCCAAUACUCUACGAAGCUGCUCUAUAAACUUGUUACAAACAGGAUUUAGAUAUAAAGUUUUAAAGUCACUACCACCCAGCCCCUUAAAUAAACAUACAUGUAAUAUAUCACUACAAAGUGAUUUACAAAGAACUUGUUCCUUUGAAUUAGAAAUAUCAAUGGAAAGCAUCCCUGCUUCCUUAUUAAUAGGUAAUCCUAAAGCAUUAAAUGCAAACAUAAUCAGGGCAUAAGCCAUAUGUUAUAAGAAAAACAUUUUAUUUUAUUUGGCUGUCAUAAUCAAAGUUUUUAUCUUUGUUUUCUAGAUAAUAGUUCUGAACUAGAAAACCUAUAAUGACAUCCCUCUUCAGUGUAUAUUCUUGUCUUCUUUCUUUGUUUCUCGUGGAAGUCCUUAGUAGCCUUACAUGCCUGUUGGUUUUUGAAAUUUUGGGUCCUUAGCUUUGUGCCUAUGAUAAAAAUAAUGGCAAUUUUCAUUUGUAUAAUUAAUUUUUAUUAAACAGAGGGUUUUUAAAAAAUGUAAUUUCCUUACCCCAAAGACAAUCUUUAACUUGUAUAUGGAUCUCAUAAAACCCUAAAACUCACACUCAUUCUGGAUAAUAUCCUGUUUUUAUCUGUAACAAGCAGUGUAGCCUUGCACAAAUUAUGUAACCUCAUAUUUUACAUUGGCAUUGUGACGGAUUGCACUAAAUCCAGAUUAAGUCAACUUGGCAGUGCAAAUUCAACUAUAAGAUGUUCCAAGUAAGAAACUAUUCUCUCUCUCCUUUUUUUUUUUUUUUUUUAAUGAGACAAAGUCUCAGUGUGUAGCCCAGGCUAGCCUCAAACUCUUGGAUUCAAGUGUUCCUCCUGCUUCAGCCUCCCAGGUGCUCAUAAUUGCACCCAGUUAAGAGAGAGUUCUGAUGCACUAUAUCAAGAGAGAUAAUGAAAAUCGGUAUUUUUAGCAUAGGAAACAGUUUAAUUUUGUCAUAGAAAUUCAUGGUGACAUUGCCCAAGUGUUUACUUUGUUAGGUUUCUUAAUAAGCUUGACCAAAAAAAAAAAAAAAAAUAGAUUUAAAUGAUGUCUA